GGCAGAGUUGUGCUCAGCUGUGGAAAUGAGAGGGGAUUCUAGAAAAGAAAUCCCUGCCCCGCCUCACUGUUCUGUGUGGCCCUGGGUCUUCUGAGCUGAGCCUUCUGUGAUAUGAAAGCUACAACACUCCCCACCCCGGCCCAGAUCCCUUGGGGAUGCCCUGGGAAGUGGAGGCUUUCCUGCAGGCAUCGGGGAUCAGCAGGGACCCGGGUGGGCUGGCAGGUCCAGCCAACCUAGAGCUGUCCUGGCGGAGCCCUGCUUGGCCCGGCCAGCGGGCAGGGGAUGAGAGCAAGGCCGCGGGGCCCACAUCGCAGGGCUGGGAGGGCGCUCAUCCAGCCUGGACUCACUGGCACCAAACCCGGGCCAGCACUCCCGCCUCAGAAACUGGUGGGGAGUAUUAAGAGCACGUCCCCGCCUGCCCAGACCCCUGGGUAGGCUGUGUCUCCACUCCUGCCCACAGGACCCAGCUUUCUGCUGUCAGGGCUCAGAGUCUCUCUGGCUCGUAUGCUUCUCUUCCCAUCCUGAGGAAUUGGAGAGACCUCCUUGACCCUUCUCACUGGGAGAUGCAGUCAGAGAGCUGGGGGGAUGGUGGGGGGAGCAUUGCAGACAGGGCAGUGGCCAGACUGAGGCUUGGGAGGAAGGUGGAGAGAAUAGAGUGGGUGGGGAAGGCCACAAGGCAGGACCCCUGGUGGCUUUGCACCCUCAGGGGAGGGCAGUGGGGGCCGAGGUCCCCUCCUGACCCACCACGCAUCGCUGACCCCUCCCCAGCAGACACACACAGCCUUCUGGAGAGAGAGGGCUGGAAAGCUGCAAUCUGCUCACAACCUAAUCCCAAGCCUCAGUCAGCGCUUUAAAAAGAACCGAUGGCUCAUCCCUAAAGCCAGGGGUCUGGUUGCGGGCGGCCCAGGAGGUCAAGGAUGAGCGCCAGGCCCACCCCACUGUGCCCGUCAGGAACAGAGCAUCCGGGGAAAGCAGCCAGCAGCUGAGGCCAGGGAACGUUAACCCUCCGCUGCUGGGGCCAGGGCCGAGCCGGGGCCUCCCUCACUGGCACCCAGUGGCUCUCUUCUGGGCUGAGGGGAGGAAGGCACAGAAAGAGCAGGCCAGUCAUUGUCUGGGUGCAGCCAGCCUCUUCCUCGAGGGUGUGGGGGUGCUGGAUAGGAAGCCGCGGGAUGAUGUCCUAUUGUGUUCAGCGAGGUCAUUGCAGGAAGCCUCACGGGCAGUCCUUGGUCCCAGCUAACACUCUGCAGUGACCCAGGCUCUCCUGGGGUUCUUUUCUGGAUGCCCAAACGGAGCAAACUUUAAGGAACCAGAAGAAAUAAAUUCCCAUUAAGACUGACCCUUGGCAGCCUGAGCCCUCUGACACCCCAGAACAGGCCUUUCCGGCUCAAGGAUCUCUGAUGAGGCCAGCAUGCUCACCUCCCACAUCAUGGACUUAGAGACAUGGCCCUCCACAGGCGUGUUCAGGUUGUCGCUCUCGCAGCCAUGACUCUGCCUCACAGCCCGGGAGGUGUGGGGGAGCCCCGGCCCCCCCAGGCCAUGCAAGUGCACCGGCGGGAGCAUCGUCGGGAGGAGGAGCAGAAGGAGGAGCGGCAGCACAGCCUGCAGAUGGACUCCUCGACGCGGAGACGGACCUUCCGCAGCAGUGAGGAAGAGUACCAGUUCAGCGCUGCAGACUACGCCCUCGCGGCAGCCUUGGCUCUGACAGCCUCCUCAGAGACAACAUGGGAGGCCCAGCUGAGGCGCCAGACCAGCACCGUGGAGCUGGAGGAGCGGGGGCAGAAGCGGGUGGGCUUCGGCAACGACUGGGAGAGGACAGAGAUCGCCUUCCUACGGACCCAGUGGCUGCUGCGCCAGAGACGAGACCGGAAGGCGCUGAGACGGCGGACAGAGGAGAAGGUCCGGGAGGCCAAGGAGCUGCGGGAGCUGUGUUCCGGCCGUGGGCCCUGGUUCUGGAUCCCUCUGCGCUCACACGCGGUCUGGGAGCACACCACGGUCCUGCUGACCUGUACCGUCCAGGGUUCGCCUCCACCCCAGGUCACCUGGUACAAAAAUGACAUGAGAAUUGAUCCCCGCCUCUUUCCUGCCGGCAAGUAUCGAAUCACCAACAAUUAUGGACUGCUGACCCUGGAGAUCAGGAGAUGUACCAUUGAGGACGCAGCCACCUACACGGUGAAGAUCAAGAACGCCUACGGCCAGGCCUCCUCCUUUGCCAAAGUCCUCGUCCGCACUUACCUGGGGAAGGAUGCUGGCUUCGAUUCAGAGAUGUUUAAAAGACUGAUGUUUGGCCCCAGCGUGGACUUCACAUCAGUGCUGAAGCCGGUCUUCGCCCGUGAGAAGGAAACCUUCUCCCUAAACUGCCUAUUUUCAGAAGAUGUGUUGGACGCUGAGCAGAACAUCCAGUGGUUCCGAGACGGGAGGCUGCUGAGGUCCUCCGGCCGCCGGCAGAUCCUCUACGCUGACCGCCAGGCAGUCCUGAAGGUGGCCUGCGCCUACAAGGAGGAUGAGGGCCUCUACACAGUCCAGGUGCCUUCGCCCUUUGGGCUCCGGGAGCAGAGCGCCUACGUGUUUGUGAGAGAUGCUGCGGCCGAGAAGCCAGGGGUCCCAGGCUCCCCCUUGAACGUUCGAUGCCUGAAUGUGAACAGAGACUGCCUCAUCCUGACCUGGACCCCGCCCAGCGACACCCGGGGCAACCCCAUCACCGGCUACUCCAUCGAGCUGUGCCAGGGAGAAUCUGAGGAAUGGGUGCCAUGCCACCAGGCUCCCGGCGGGACCUGUCGGUGCCCAAUCCAAGGCCUUAUUGAAGGCCAGAGCUACCGGUUCCGGGUGAGAGCCGUCAACAGAGCGGGCAGCAGCGUCCCCUCCAAGGCUUCUGAGCUGGUCGUCAUGGGCGACCGCGACGAAGCUCAGAGGAAGACAGAGAUCCCCUUUGAUAUGGGAAAAACCAUCACGGUCAGCACAGAUGACUUUGACGACUUUGUGACUAUCCCCUCACCCCCGACUAACGUCCAUGGCAGCGAGAUCCGUGAGGCCUAUGUGGUUCUGGGCUGGGAGGAGCCGAGACCCCGGGGCAAAGCCCCGCUGACGUACUUCCUGGAGAAGUCGGUCAUAGGCAGUGGCACCUGGGAAGCCAUCAACUCAGAAGCUCCCGUGAAAUCCCCAAGAUUCGCCCUCUUGGAUCUGGAGAAAGGGAAGUCGUACGUCUUCAGAGUGCGGGCGAUAAACCAGUACGGCAUGAGCGAUCCCUCGGAGCCCAGCGAGCCCAUCGCCUUGAGGGGGAAGCCAGCCACUCUCCCGCCUCCAACGCAAGUUCAAGCUUUCCGAGACACACAGACCUCUGUCUCCCUGACCUGGGAUCCAGUGAAAGACAGCCCAGAGCUCCUGGGUUAUUACAUCUACUCCCGGGAGGCAGGAUCAUCUGAGUGGCGAACAGUUAACAACAAACCCAUCCAGGGCAGCAGGUUUACAAUUCCCGGGCUAAGGACGGGGAAGGAGUAUGAGUUUUGUAUCAGGUCCGUCAGCGAGGCCGGAGUCGGGGAGAGCUCAGCCGUCACCGAACCCAUCAGGGUCAAGCAGGCUCUGGCUACACCGUCUGCGCCAUAUGACUUCGCCCUCCUGAACUGCGGGAAAAAUGAAAUGGUCAUUGGAUGGAAACCCCCGAAGCGGCGUGGAGGGGGCAAGAUCCUGGGUUACUUCCUGGACCAGCACGACUCCGAGGAACUGGACUGGCACGCGGUCAACCAGCAGCCCGUCCCCACCCAGGUUUGCAAGGUCAGCAACCUCCAUGAGGGUCACUUCUAUGAGUUCCGUGCCCGGGCCGUAAACUGGGCAGGUGUUGGGGAGCUGUCAGCACCCAGCAAGCUGUUUGAGUGUAAAGAGUGGACGAUGCCCCAACCAGGGCCCCCGUACGACCUGCGGGUGUCUGAGGUGCGGGCCACCUCCCUGAUGCUGACAUGGGAGCCCCCUCUCUACCGAGGGGCUGGACCUGUCACAGGCUACCGCAUCAGUGUCCAGGAGGAAGGCUCUGAGCAGUGGAAGCCAGUCACUCCAGACCUCAUCUCUGACACCCACCUGAGGAUUUCUGAUUUGCAGCCGGGGAAGACCUACAUGUUCCAAGUACAGGCUGUGAAUUCAGCGGGCCCAGGGCAGCCAUCCAUGCCCACCGACCCGGUACUCCUGGAGGACAAGCCAGAUGCCCGGGAGAUCGAGGUUGGUGUGGAUGACGAGGGCUUUAUCUACAUGGCUUUUGAAGCCCCAGAGGCCCCCGACUCUGCCGAGUUUCAGUGGUCCAAAGACUACAAGGGCCCACCGGACCCAGAGAGGGUCAAGGUCGAGGAGAAGGCUAACAAAUCCAAGAUCAUCCUGAAAGAUCCCGGCCUCGAGGAUUUGGGCACCUACUCGGUGGUGGUCACAGAUGCUGACGAAGACAUCUCAGCAAGCCACACGCUGACGGAGGAUGAGCUGAACAAGCUGAAGAAGUUGAGCCAUGAGAUCAGAAACCCAGUGAUCAAGCUGAUCUCUGGCUGGAACGUUGAAAUCCUCGAGCAAGGAGAGGUGCGGCUUUGGCUGGAAGUGGAAAAGUUGUCUCCGGCGGCUGAGCUGCAUCUAAUCUUCAACGAGAAGGAAAUCUUCAGCUCACCGCACCGUAAAAUCAAUUUCGUCCGAGAGAAGGGCCUGGUGGAAGUUAUCAUCCAGCACUUGACCGAGGACGACAAAGGGUCGUACACUGCCCAGCUCCAAGACGGAAAAGCCAAGAACCAGAUCACCCUGGCACUGGUGGACGACGAGUUCGACAAACUUCUAAGGGCGGCAGAUGCUAAGAGAAGAGACUGGAAGAAAAAACAGGGUCCGUAUUUCGUGGAGCCUUUGCAGUGGAAGGUCACGGACGACUGCCAAGUGCUGCUGACCUGCAAGGUGACCAACACCAAGAAAGAAACCCGCUUCCAGUGGUUCUUCCAGAAGAGAGAGUUCCCAGCUGGUCAGUACGACCCGCAGACUGGAGCAGGGCUUCUCUGCAUCGAAGAGCUGUCCAAAGAGGACCAGGGCGUUUACAGAGCAGAGGUUUCUGACGAUCGAGGGGAGGACGAUACCAUCCUGGACCUCAGAGAUGAAGCCCUGGAUGCCAUCUUCACUGAGCUGGGCAGGAUCGGUGCUCUCUCUGCAACCCCACUGAAAAUCCAGGGGACGGAGGAAGGGAUCCGGCUCUUCAGCAAGGUCAAGUACUACAAUGUGAAGUACAUGAAGACCACCUGGUUCCACAAAGAGAAACGCCUGGAGAGUGGCGAUCGGGUGAGGGCUGGUACCACCUUGGAUGAGAUCUGGCUCCAUAUCCUGGACCCCAAGGACUCAGACAAGGGCAAAUACAUCCUGGAGAUCACGGCUGGGAAGGAAGUCCGGCAGCUCUCGGCUGAUCUCUCCGGGCAAGCUUUUGAGGAUGCCAUGGCGGAGCACCAGAGACUGAAAGCCUUGGCCAUCAUUGAGAAGAAUCGUGCCAAGGUGGUGAGGGGGCUUCCAGACGUGGCCACGAUCAUGGAAGAUAAGACCCUGUGCCUGACCUGCGUCGUCUCAGGAGAUCCUGCCCCUGAAAUCUAUUGGCUGAAGAAUGACCAGCCUGUCACCUUCCUGGACCGCUACCACAUGGAUGUGAAGGGGACAGAGGUCACCAUCACCAUCGAGAGGGUCAACAGUGAGGACAGCGGGCGCUACGGUGUCUUCGUCAAGAACAAGUACGGGUCUGAGACAGGCCAGGUCACCAUCAGCGUGUUCAAGCAUGGGGAGGAGGAAAAGGUGCUGAAAAUGUGACGGUCGGAUUCAACCGCAGCCUGAGGUCUAGUCUGUGUGGACUAGGAGGGUCAACCAGUGGGUCACAGCCUGGCACAGGCCACAGGGAUGAGACUGGAGGGGAGGGAACAGGGCAGAACCCAGGGCAUGGGAGUGGGUGGAGUGGACACACCCAAGUGGAGAAGCAAAGACGGGGUAUUGGGAGGCCUCCAGGAUUGCAGAAUCAGGACUGGACUUGGACUGGAGGAUUUACGUGCUGAACUGUUUCAACUCUAAACUCUCCGUGAGCCUGGCCUUUUUCAUCUAUCAAAUGGGAAUUCCUACUCCUAGGGAUUCUUUAUGAAAACUCUAUGAAAUCGUGUAUCAUUGGUUCUCAAUGGGAGGCAAUUUUGUCCCCUAGGAAACAGUCGGCAGUGUCCAAAUUUGGGGUUGUCACAACUGGGGGUGUCCACUGGUGUCUAGUAGAUAGAAGUCAGGAAAGCUGCUAAAUAUAAUAGGUCCCUGCCACGUAGAAUUCAACCUUGACAACAGUGCUGAGGCUAAUGAGCCCAGCCAUAAAUGGGUAUACCACAACACCCCUCUUUGAGGAUACUAUAUUUUCGAUGAAGUUCAGCAAACAUUCAUUUGAAGUCUAGCAUAUGCCAGGCUUGUGGGUGGCACUGGGAGCACAAAGAUACAUAAUAUGUAGGCCCCACCCUCAAGGGCACCUCAGCCCAGGAGAAGAGACAGACCUGGGUCCAGAUGACUCCAGGACAAGCCAGAUGAUCGGAAUUCUAGAAGGUCCAGAUAAAGUUCGACUGGUGGUCAGAGGAGGGAGGCAGGUGUUUGUCCCAACGAGGGCAGGUGAGCUUUAAAACACCUUCAUGGAGCUAGCGGAAUGGGUUGUUAGGUCCUAAAAAAUGAGUGGCAUUUGGUGAUGGUCAUGGGAGGAGAUUUCAGGAGCAGGGGCUGGUGAGAGCAAAGGGGAGGUGUGGAGGUGAUACCACCUGGGCGGCCUGGGACACCACGUUGCAGAGUUCAGACCUUCAGGACUCCCAGCUCAGGGCCUCUGCCUGGCAGGACACAUACUGGUUGGCCUUGCUUCCCGGACCUCAGAACAGAGCCGGGCAUUUCACCACCCUCCAGUAUCCCUGUUUAAAAUCAGAUGGGGAGGGGAGGGCAUUUAUAAAGUUAGAGAUGUUUGUUGUAAAAUUUUGGAUAACCUUGAAAAUGAUGAAGGAGAAAAUAAAACUCAUCUACACUCUCAA